AUGGAAGAGCUGCACACCGAUGUGGCGCCAGGCGCCUGGCGCCUGUCCCGCUUCCUCCAAGGCAUCUACUCUUGGGAUGAGUAUCCGCUCCUCUUCAGCGAGGUUCAUCAAUUUGGCAUCAUUCACCGGCUGGACGUGCCCAGCAGUGGCCUCAUCUUGGUGGGAAAAACCUUCCUCGGCUACUUCACACUCCGCUGGCAGCAAGACACCUACGACCUCGGCCGGCAUUACCUGGUGCUGUGCCACGGUCACUUUCCACCGGGCAAGAACACCAUGAGUGCCAGGAUCAAGACGACCAAGACUUUCCCGGCCACGAGCCGUGUGAGCUCUGCAGGAAAGCCUGCGUGGACGCAGGCCGAAGCCUUGUGCCUGCUGGCGCGGGGUUCGGAGCCUUUCUCACUCCUCGUGGUGAAGAUCCGUACUGGGCGGACUCACCAAAUCCGAGUGCAUCUGCAGCAUGCAGGCCAUCCCAGCGUCACCGACGAGAAGUACACGGACCCAGCCGUCUUCGCCGCAGACGCGACAUGGUGCCCGCGCAACUUCCUCCAUCGCUUUGAGCUGACGUUCCAGGACACUGAGGGCCAUUCCCGGGCAGCGCGCGCGGCAUUGCCCGACGACCUCCAGGUAGUGCUUGCGAAGCUUCGCGCGACACAGGGGGAGGAGACCUUCCGGGCCCUUCUGAGAGGCUGGCUUCCCGAGGUGCUGUAG